AUGUCCGACACCGAGGAGGUGGUGGAGGAGUACCAGGAGGAGGAAGAGGAGGAGGUGGAGGAGGAGGCAGAAGAGCAGUGUGUAGAGGAGGAGGAGGCCGAGGAAGAGGAGCAGGAGGAGGAAGAAGUCGAACACGCACCGGAGAUGAGCCAGGAGGAAGAAGAGACAGAGGGAUUACAGGGAGAGGAGGAGGAGGAGGAGGAGGAGGAGGAAGGGGAGGGCGAGAAGGAGGAAAAGGAGGUGGUGGAGGACCCCAAACCCAAGCCCAAGCUGUACAUGCCCAACAUCACCCCGCCGAAGCUCCCGGACGGCGAGAAGGUCGACUUUGACGACCUCCACCGCAAGCGCCUGGAGAAGGACUUCAACGACCUGCAGAGCCUGAUCGAGCUGCACUUCACCAACCGGCAGAAGGAGGAGGAGGAGCUGGUGGAGCUGCGCGCCCGCAUCGAGCGUCGCCGUGCCGACCGCGCGGAGCAGCAGCGCGAGCGCGCCGAGCGCGACCGCGAGCGCCAGAACCGCCUGGCCGAGGAGAAGCUCCGGCGCGAGGAGGAGGCGGCCCGGCUGCGCUCCGAGGACGAGGCGCGCAAAAAGGCCGUCUACAACAACAAGUCGUUCGGCGGCUACCUGCAGAAAGUGGAGAAGAAGACGGGUAAGAAGUUGACGGAGCGCGAGAAGAAGACCAAGAUCCUGAUGGAGCGCCGGAAGCCGCUCAACGUGGAGCACCUCAACCACGACAAGCUGGCCGAGAAGGCGCAGGACCUGUGGCGGCAGGCGCACCAGCUCUACGCCGAGAAGUUCGAGCUGACCGAGCGGCUCAAGAGGCAGCGCUACGACAUCUACGUGCUGCGCAACCGCGUCACUGACCAUCAGCGCGGCUCCAAGGUCUCCAAGACGGCGCGGACCGCCAAGGGCAAGUCGGGCUCGUGGAAGUGA